AGGUCAUUCAGGAAGGGGAGAACUGUUCUGGGGCAGCAAAAGAGCCACUAAGGGUCUUUGCAGGCUUGUGGCCCUUUAUUCGUGAACAUCCAACAUUCUUGGAAUUUUGGAAACGAUUUGUUGUCAAGUUGAGAAUCUGAAAGAAUCUGUUGUACUUAGGAGCCAUCAGAGUUUGAGGGAAGGACCCCAUGAACCCCAAAACCUGCAUAUUCCUGAUCAUGAUCGUUUCAAGUUACCGAGAAAGAUAUUUGUUAAGGUAGACAUGUACACAUACUUGUUAUCCCAGUCGACAAUUUGCAACUUCAUACAGUCUCUGUAUUAACAAAUUUUGGGGUCAAAUCCUUUUAUCAUUGUCUCUCUCCUUCAAGGAGCCUGUGAACUUCAAAAGGGAGAAGAGAUGCAAUAGCCAAGCUCUGCCCUUCCAUACCACAGGAUGAUUAACUCAGUUUCCUACAUGAGACACAUAUUUUCAGAUGUGGGUGAUUUCCAUCAUUUUUAAAACAUUAUGUUUGUUAAAAGGAUAUGCAGGGGGAUAUGAUGAUAAGCUGUGGCAAUCAAUUAAAAAAAAAGUAUUGCAUCAGAACAAAAUCUCAUGUCUCAGGUUAAAAAAAAAAACACAUUCUGAAUGUGACUUCAGAUAAUGUAACAGCGAAAAAAUAAAAUUGAAAGUGAUCACCAGAAAAUGCACACGGUGAAAGGAAAAGGGAAAAAAUGAGAAUUGAACUAAUUUGUUAACUACUGAAGGCAGAGUCUGCCCAUUCACUACGUGGGAAUUCCUGUCUCAGCUACAGGGCUUUGGCUCAAGUCCCUCUAUCCUCUGAACCGGUGGCCUGAAUUGUGAAAGUAGUGACAAUGAAAGUAUUCUGUGUUGUCACAGGUUUAUUGUGAGGGUUCAAUUUAUUUGUGCUUCAAGCCCAUUAGAAAUUACAUCAUGUUAGGAAUGUCAACUAAUGAGAUCAUUAAGGGACUGAUGCUGCCCAUGUGAGAGUUUUUUCUUUGCCUGGGGAAAUAGAUUUUAACUGAGCUUCUAUUCUGUUGAUGGAGGGAAGAGUGUUGGAGGCAGGGGAGGGAGGAGUUUCUUUUCCUGUUUGUUGUUGCCCUUCUUUUUUAAAUGUUUUUAUUGUUACAGGAAGUGAGAUCAGACUUGAAAUGAAAAGUUUUCAGAACCAACACUUCAUUUGGAGAGAAAUUCGUUCUGCACAUGAGAAAAUACACACUGUAGAAAAACCUUAUGAAUGUAACCAGUGUGGAAAGAGUUUUAAGAAAAGGCAGUCUCUCACUCGACAUCAGAGGAGGAUCCACACUGGAGAAAAACCUUAUGAAUGUAACCAAUGUAGAAAGAGUUUUGAGAACAAGCAAUCUCUUACUCUACAUCAGAGUAUCCACAUUGGAGAAAUACCUCAUGAAUGUAACCAGUGUGGAAAAGCUUUUAGAUAUAAGCGAAAUCUUACUCUACAUCAGAAAAUCCACACUAAUGCAAAAUCUUAUGAAUGUAACCACUGUGGAAAGGCUUUUAAAAGCAAGAGUGAUUUUACUGUACAUCAGAGAAUCCAUACUGGGGAGAAACCUUAUGAAUGUAACCACUGUGGAAAGGCUUUUAAAAGCAAGAGUGAUUUUACUGUACAUCAGAGAAUCCAUACUGGGGAGAAACCUUAUAAAUGUAACCAGUGUGGAAAGAGUUUUAGAUGUAAGGGAGUUCUUACUGAACAUCAGAGAAUCCAUACUGGGAAGAAACCUUAUGAGUGUACCCAGUGUGGAAAGGGUUUUACAUAUAAAAAAUCUUUCACAUACCAUCAGAACAUCCACACUGGUAAGAAACCUUAUGAAUGUAACCAGUGUGGAAAGGGUUUUAGAGGUAAGGCAGCUCUUACUCAGCAUCAGAAAAUCCACACUGGGAAGAAACCUUAUGAGUGUAGCCAGUGUGGAAAGGGUUUUAGAAAGAAGAUAUAUCUUACUGCACAUCAGAGAAUCCACACUGGAGAGAAACCUUAUGAAUGUAACCAAUGUGGAAAGACUUUUAGAGACAAGGGAUAUCUUACUUCACAUCAGAGAAUCCACACUGGAGAGAAACCUCAUAAAUGUAACCAGUGUGGAAAGGCUUUCAGGAUUAAGGGGCAUCUUGAUGUACAUCAAAGAAUCCACACUGGAGAGAAACCUUACAAAUGUAACCAGUGUGGAAAGGCCUUCGGAGACCAGGGAUAUCUUAUUAAACAUCAGAGACUGCACACUGGGGAGAAACCUUAUAAAUGUAACCAAUGUGGAAAGGCUUUUAAACAACGACAAUAUCUCACUCAACAUCAGAUAUUCCACAGUGGAGAGAAGCCUUACAAAUGCAACCAGUGUGGGAGAGGGUUUACACGGAAAACAUCUCUCACUUCCCAUCAGAGACUCCACACUGGAGAGAAACCUUAUGAAUGUAACCAGUGUGGAAAGGCUUUUAUGCAAAAGGAAUGUCUUAUUAAACAUGAGAGACUCCACACUGGAGAAAAACCUUAUGUAUGUAACCAGUGUGGAAAGGCUUUUAUGCAAAAGGAAUAUCUUAGUAAACAUAAGAGAAUCCACACUGGAGCAAAACCUUACAAAUGUAACCAGUGUGGAAGGCGUUUUACAUGUAAACAAUCGCUUAUUCCACAUCAGAGAAUCCACACUGGCGAGAGACCUUAUGAAUGUAAUCAGUGUGGAAAGACUUUUAGAAUUAAAGGAAAUCUUAGUCUACAUCAGAGUGUUCAUACUGGAGAGAAACCUUAUGAAUGUAACCAGUGUGGAAAGGCUUUUAGAACUAAAGAACAUCUUACUAAACAUCAAAGAAUCCACACUGGAGAGAAACCUUAUGAAUGUAACCAGUGUGGAAAAGCGUUUAGACAAAAGGAUGUUCUUAUUGUACAUCAAAGAACCCACACUAGAAAGAAGUCUUAUAAAUGUAAUUAAUAUGGAAAAAGUUGCAUUAAAAACCUGAUUGGUUCUCACCACAGAUAUGUCAGGAAAUGUCAAGGCAUUGAAAUAAGGAGGAAAUUAGAUGUGGUAGAGAUCACUGGGAGAAGAUUGGUAGGGAAACUGCCUUCCAUAAUUAGCCUUCUUUACAUUUAACUCUAUGGGGAGGAUGAGGAAGGGAAAGUAAAUGGGAUAGGAGACAGCUUCAGAAGCAUAGUGGAUCCUUCUUUCCCCGCUGGUCCCCUACCUGAAAGGCAGUACAGUGGGAUUGAAAGAUCAAUAGAUCAGGACUCAGGACAGAGGUUGAAAUUCUGGGUUCUGAACCUCUGUGGCCUUGUGAACUUACUUUAACUCCACAGGUCUUCGUGCUUUUAGAUUAGGGUUAGGAUCUCUUCCAGCUCUGACUGCUUUGAGAAACCAAAGUGGAGCUUGAAGUGAACCCUACUCAUUGCUGCUUCUUGCUAGAUCCUAAGCUUCAGAUUCAACCCAAUAACUCAUAGACUUCACCAAACUUUCUGGCUAUGAUUGGCAGUUUGGAGAGAACAGAACUACAUCCUGUUGAGUCAGGAAACUUACACAUUCCUAAAUAUACAAGUCCUGUGCAGUUAGUCCAAUAGGUCUCUUGUCAUAUUUGUUCAGAAAGAAAAUGUUUCCUUAAGAUAAUUCACAGAAAGAUUUCCACUCUGAGGUUUUCACCUUUCAUCCAUCAAAUUGGCGGAGAUGACCCCCAAGGCUGGACAUAGUGUUGGGGGCUAUAGAAAAAGGCACAGCAGUGCGAUGUGUAUAUGGCUAUGAUGGGUCCAACUUUUCUCCAAAGCCAUUUGUUAUUAGGAUUUGUGAAAAGGUGAUCAAAUGCCCAUUCUUUGUGACAAAGAGAACCCAAGGCAAGGGGUCUACUGUAAGGACAUGAGGGGAGCAAGGUUCUGGCUGAACUAAAAUAUUAAUUGCAAUGUUUUGGUUUCUAUAUUGUGUGGGAGUAGCGAAAAAUAAUAUAGAUGCAAAGUAGAAAAUGGGAGCUCUUCAGUUGGAGAAAGUCUGAACCCAUUUUGGUUCAUGAACAUAUUGGAAUAUUGUGCCAUAAGAAGCAGUGGCUAGGAAGAAUCUGGAGAAGAAAGGGGAUUUGUAAAUGAACCACGAUAGAUGAAAGUGAGCCAAAGCUAGAAAAUCUCCAUGUACUGUGACUUUGAAAAAGGAAUUUGAAAUUCCUUCCAGCAAUGUAGAAACAUAUCUGUAUUUGACAUGUAUUGGACUACCUGCCAGAUGGUGGAGGUGUUGAGGAGGAGGAGGGGAAAAUUUGGAACAAAAGAUUUUGCAAGGGUCAGUGCUGGAAAAAUUACCCAUGCUUAUGUUCUGUAAGUUAAAAGCUUUUAAUAAUAAAAAAAGAAGCACAUCUGUGCAUCAAGUGUGA